AGAGAGGAGGGAUCGGAGAAGACGCACGGUUUCUUCUCCUCUCGAAGAGCCACGAUCCGACUCGACCUUGCGUCCCGAACUCCGUGUGAGUACUGAUGAGAAUUACUGGCUUCGAGCACUCCGUCGCGUUACGUUGACUCGGUUCGGCGAUCUGGCAACAACCUGCGUCGCGCUAAUGAUACCGCAGCUUUGGCAACUCCGCGCCCCGCUGGGAGCCACCGAACGGGAAAAAGCGGUAUUCCCCUCCUCCCCACUUUUCCCCCGCAGCCACACGGGUGUCGGAUCUCGCCUCGAAGCACCAGGCCGAGCCAACCCGAGCCGAGACGAGUGACGUCCGCCUGUUGCUCCUUCUCGACGAGCCACUGACUUCGAGGUAGACGCCGCUGUGGUGGGGAUGACGCCGUCGUAUGGGGGUGCGACGGCGGGGGGUGAAACAUGCCGAGGCGUAAAGUUUACGGCGUAAACCAGUAUAGUUUUGUCUUAGAAACGAUUUUGACAUUGAAUUUUAACUUCGACCAUUACAACUGGCGGAAUUUUUAAUCAAAUAAUUUGUCGUCUUUAAACAUAAAAUCUCUUUUUUUCCACGUAUUGCAUAACAAAGUUAAUAGUUUUAUCUACGAUAAUAAAUAUCACUGGACUAAUUUCCACCGAAACUUUGGUCCUAAGAGAGACAGAAGUUCAUCGAAAGAGAAACGGCGGAAUCUCGCAAAAUGUCCGAAUUGUAUGAUAAGAGCACGAAUGAUACGAAAAUGGAAGAACAUCUGGAAGAGAGUUCGAUCAGUCAGGAUGAUUAUAAAAAGCUGAAGCAAGAGAACGAGUGCUAUCGGCAGGAAUUGUAUGUUUUGCGAUUGAAGCUGGAAGCCGGCGAAGCGGUUCGAAGGGAUCUUCAGGAGUCUGUCGAAACUGCGGAGAGUCAGCUUAGUCAAUACAUAGCAAAAACAGAAUCAAUGCUAGCCCAAAAGGAAGAAAAGCACAGAGCUGAGAAAAAAGAAUAUGAAAAUCAUAUUGCAGAUUUGGAAGCAAACAAAGUACAAAGCACAUUAGAAAUUAAGCAAUUGCAUGAAGAGUUGAGAAAAUAUAAAGAUCUUACAAAUGAACAACCAAAUUGUCUCACUUCUAUGGAUGAUACUUUAUUACUGCAGUAUGAAGAAAAAAUUAAGGAACUAACAUUGCUUCUUCAAAAUGAAGAAAAGAAAAGAGAGCCAAUGGAAAAUAGACUUGCAUUUGUAGAGGCCCGAUAUAAGGAGCUUAAAGAAUCUUUUACAUUGACAUUAGACCAACUGCAGGAGAAAAGCAACGGGUUAGAAAGUGCACGGGAAUCUAUUACGAUACUAACCACAAAGCUUGUAGAAUCGCAAUUAUCAAAUAUAAUUCCUGCUAGUGAUACAUGUAAAGGCAAUUCUUUAUUUGCUGAGGUUGAAGAUAAUCGGCUGAUGUUGUUAGAUAAAAUGAAGUCACUCCAGUCUAAAUACAAAGAAAAAAAACGAACGCUAAAUGCGAAAAUGACCGAAAUCAAACUGUUGAAAGCAGAGAAGGCUGUUAUGGCUAGAAAAUGGGAGAGUGAUGCAAUUGAUACAUUGCAAGAGAAUACAGAUCUUCUAAAUAAGUAUAAGAGUAGAGUGUCUGAACUUGAAAAUAAAUUAAAGAAAAUAAAAAAGGAUAACGUGGAAGAAAUACAGUCAACAGAUGACGCUUUUAAUUACGCUCAAACAUUAUUAGCCGCGAAGAAAAAAGAAAUGAAGGAAUUGUAUGAAAAAAUUGAAAAGCAGGCUAUGCAAAUACUAAGACAAGAAGAAGUAAAUCACAAUGUUUCGAAAGAACUUCGUCACUGGCGAUCUAAAGCGAUGUCUUUGGAGGCUCAAAUUCAAGCUAUAAAGAUGCAUUUGGAAAUGGAACAGGCAAAUGAUGACAAUAAAGCCUUACUUGAAGCUAUUGAGAAUUGCAAAAUUUCUGAUAAUGUAAAUUUUGAAAAAACUUGCGAUUCAAAAUCUACUUGUGAUAUGCCGAAAGAUAAUAAACAUCAAGAAAAUUUAACAGAAUCGUCAAAAAAGUCAGCAGCAGAUUCCACGAAUGAACAAAAAGAGUCAAAUAAAAAGGUCUUACAUUUUGCUAUGAAUACUAAAGACACGGAAUCCAAACCUUUGAAGAAACAAUCAAAGCAAUACGAUUAUCCUAUUGUAUCUAUUACUGAUGAUGAUUCAUGAUAUUGAACAAUUCACGAUUCGACUUUAAAUAUUAUUUGUUAUGAUUAUUGUAUAUCAUGUUAAUUCAAUAAAGUGCACGCAACUUUCUUUACUUUUUUAAAA